AUGUACGGCGAUAACUUUUUCAUCUUCACACCUGACGUCCCAUUUGGCUAUGAAGACUAUGAACUCAAAAUUCUUAUGCCCCAAUGUCAAUUCUUUGGCCCAUUUCCCGUUUCCUACCAAGAAAUUGCAGGUGUGGAGGCAUUGAACAUCCUAUCGUACAUUCAUCAAUCUCUGCCACCGGAAAAGCAGAAACCUUUCGCGCGAAUCUCAGCAAAAGAGGUGUCAAGAGAGAACAGGGAUUUAAUCCUCGAGAUCAUGAAACUAGAGGAUGAAUGGUUUGGUGUUGAAUAA